CCCUCUGGGAGGCGCCCUCAUUGGCUUCCACUGUAGGCUAAGGAGUUGGCCAGGCUAUGGUUUGCCAGGCAGGAGAUCUGGAGGUUGAGGGACCCCUUGCUGCUGUGGGUACCUUGGGAGGGGAUGGCAGGCAAGGCCAUAUCUGGGGCCUCUUAUCAGCCCUAGAGUCCACAGGACACUCCAGGUUAAUGUAUAACGAGCCCUCUCCACCCGUAGUCCACCAGCUCUGCAUGUUGGCCACCUGUUUUUGAGGCCAGCAUGGACCCCAGGAAGGAGGGUAUGCCCCUGAAGACGCUUUCCAGCCAACCCCCAGGGGCUGGCAGGUGGCUGAGCCCCUUCCUGCUCACCUGCUCCGUCUACUUCCUCUGGGUGCCUGAUCCCCAGCCAUCCUGGCCCGAGGCCCUGCUCAAGUGCCUGCCUGUGCUCUGCCUGGUGCUGUUCCUGGGGACUGUGCCCUCUUCCGGGGUCUGCACCCAGCUCUUGCAGGGUGCCCUCUUGUGCUCGGCUAUGGGGGAUGCCUGCCUUGUGUGGCCUGAGACCUUCCUGCACGGUGUGGCUGCCUUCGCCACCGCCCACCUUCUCUACCUGCGGGUCUUUGGCCUCUCUCCUCUGCGGCCCGGCCUGCUGCUGCUCGUGAUCCUGGCCACUGCAACCUACCUCAGCCUCUUGCUGCCACACCUGCAGCACGCCGUGGCUGGCCCUGUGGUGGUCUAUGCGCUACUCCUGGCUGCCAUGCUGUGGCGUGGCCUGGCUCACGGUGGGAGUGCUGGCCGCGGUGCGCUGCUCUUCACAAUGUCUGACGCGGUGCUGGCCUGGGACAGCUUUGUGUGGCCCCUGCCUCAUGGCCGCCUGGUGACCAUGAUCACUUACUACGCAGCGCAGGCUCUCUUUACCCUGUCUGUGCUUAGGAGCCCCAGGAACAAGGCCGACUGAGACUGACCAGCUGGCCAGGUCCCCUCUCCCCACUGCAAUAGCGCACCCCACCCAGGCUACUUCCCCAAACCCCUGCCCUCAUCAGUCUGCUUGCUUGAGCUAAGUAAAGUGGCUGUGGAGACAUCA